AGUACUAACCAAACUCUAAACAGCUGCUUCUUCAAUUUUUAAUUUAUAUUUAACCACACAAAAAAACAAUAUUCUGAUAAACCUGAUGCGUCUGUGACAAACUCAUCCAUCACCGAACGUGUUACCGAGUCAUCCCCACCCUUCCCAUUAAUCGACAAACAUUCUCACCAAAAAAAAUUUGAGAAAUUUUGGGGAGAGAAAAUCAUUAUAUACCUGAUCAGAGUGAUCACAAAUCCCGAGUUAGUUGUUCAAUCAACUCACUCAAUUUCAUCCUUAAAAUUAACCAUGGAGAUGGACUCGGGGGCUGACUCAGUGAGUUCAACACCUCGUUCAGUCCACCACAAACACCCACUCUCCGACGACAAACCACUGGUCCGUCUCAUGGUUAGCUUUGGCGGUAAAAUACUCCCACGUCCUCACGACAAUCAACUCCGUUACGUCGGUGGCGAUACCCGUAUUGUCGCCGUCAACCGGUCUACUAGUUUCUCUCUCCUACUUUCUAAACUCUCGAAGCUUCUAUUAACCCCUCAAAACUCAUCCUCCACCGCCGCUGCUGCUUCUGUUGAUUUUACUGUCAAAUACCAGCUUCCCAACGAAGAACUAGACGCUCUUAUUACGGUUUCCACCGACGAAGAUGUCGAGAAUAUGAUGGAGGAGUUCGAUCGUCUAUCUCUCUCCUCCACCGAUAAGAUCCCACGGUUGAGGCUUUUCCUGUUUCCGGAUACUAAUGGUGGUGGUGGCAGUGGACAAGUUUCUAGAAGUUCGAGUAUCGCGUCGCUUCUAGAUGGUUCUAGGAAAAGGGAGAAUUGGUUUGUCGACGCUUUGAACGGCGGUUCUACUGGUGGGUUAGAGAGGGGUAGGUCGGAAGCGUCAUCGAUUGUUUCGGAAGUUCCGGAUUAUUUAUUCGGGUUGGAUAAUUCCGAUGAACCCCCACCUCCACCUGUGAAAUUCAGGAAUCGGUCCGGAUUGAGUGAACCGGGUCCAGGUUCAGCACCCGGUUCACCUGCUUUUGGUUCAGCGUCAUCCGCUCCAUCCAUGCCGAACCUUCCACCGGUGAAGACAAAACCCGAGAAGACAAAUAUGCAUUCGGUUGAUGAUGGGAUUGACCCGAUGGGGCAGCAGAUGGGUGGCCCGCUUUGGAGUCAUAACAUUAACACUAACCCGGGUUCUCCUUAUCCAGCUCAUACGGUGCAGCCGAUGCCAGUCUAUUAUGUUCCUGCUGGCGGGUCCGGGCCGGGUUUGGUGCCUCACAGGAAUGUAGUUCCGGUAUCAGUACCUGUUCCCAACCCAUACAUGCCACAAUACGGUCCGGGUCCCGUUCAGGUUCCAGUUGGGUAUCCAGGUCCGGGUCGAGGUCCAAUGUAUGAAGUCCAAAUGCAAGGGAAUAUGGUUCAGGGUCAAGGUUUAAGUGGGAUGAAUAAUCAGCCAUUAUAUUAUGGGGUUAAAAAUGGUGGAAUGGUUGCUACUUAUCCGGGUCCGGGUGCUGGUAUGCCUAUGUCAGGAGACGAAGAUGGGUCAAGGGGUCGGAAUUUUCAAGGAUAAAAUACUCCCUCAGUCUGGAAAUAGUUAUAAACUUAUAAUUAAGCACGACAAUAUACUUGCAACUUUCAAUUAAUGCGACAAUUAAAUCCGAAUGAACUAGCUUAUUAUUCCGUAUUAAAGAUUCCCUAUAGUAUAAUGAGUGUUUAGUAAAAGUGUGCAGCAUCUUGAUUUUAAUUUUCUUACUUUUUGUUUUGCAAGUUGUUUGGGGAAGGAGGAAUAUGUAAAUAAAAAUGAAAUUUGGUAAA